UUGUUAAUAAUUUAAAUGACCCUAAAAUAAAAUAUUAUCAUUUUGAUUUUCAUCAUGAAUGUCGAAAUAUGAGAUGGGAUAGGGUUGAAUUUUUACUUGAUAGCAUGGAAGAAGAUUUAUUACAAAAAGGAUUUUUUCAUGGAGAGGAAACUAAUUCAACUAUCUCAGUCUAUAAAACUCAAACAGCUGUUAUUCGUACUAAUUGCAUGGAUUGCCUUGAUCGUACAAAUGUUGUUCAAUCAACUUUUUCAAAGUGGGUGUUAACUCAACAAUUACGUGAGAUAGGAAUAUUGAGUAGUAAUCAACAUAUUGAUGAGUUUAACGAGUUUAUGGGUUUAUUUAGAAAUGUUUGGGCUGAUAACGCUGAUGCUGUCAGCUUACCUUAUGCUGGUACUGGUGCGCAAAAAACUGAUUAUACUAGAACUGGAAAAAGAACAAAAUUAGGUGCUGCACUAGAUUUACAAAAUGGAAUACUUAGAUAUGUGUUAAAUAAUUUUAAAGACGGAACGAAACAAGAUGCAUAUGAUUUGUUUUUGGGCAAUUAUGAGGUGAAAUUGAACGAUCAUUCACCUUUUACUAGAGAGGCGAAAUCUUUGCAAAUAAAAUAUACUCCACAAGUACUUUUAGGUUGUUUAAUAUUCAUGUUGUAUUUAUUAGCAACUCCAAAAUCCGAAGAUAAUGGGACGGAAUUUAUAAAUUGGCCAAGUCUUGUUCUAAGAGAAUAUCUAAAUAAAACACCAUCUUCAUCGUUGUCAUUUACUAAUAAACAUCUAGAAUCUAAAGGAUCAACUGGUUCUAAACAUGGCGAAAAAAUUGAAUAA